AUGAAUUCUAUUCUGAGUCAACAAAAAAAUAAAGCAUGUUUACCCAGUGUUUUUAAUAAUUUUAUGAACUGUCGUAUGAUUUUGGACUGUACAGAAAUACAUACAGCAAUACCAAGUACAAUGGAACUACAAAAACUAACCUAUAGCAAUUAUAAACACCGAAAUACAUUAAAAGGUCUAGUAGGAAUUGCACCCAACGGGGUUUUGACUUUUUGUAGUUUGCUAUACCCCGGAUCGACAUAUGAUAAACAAAUAGUUAAACAUUCUGGUGUUAUAGAUGUGUUUAAUAGUGGUGAUCUUAUAUUAGCUGAUAAAGGAUCUCUUAUAAGUGACUUAUUGCCUGAAGGAGUAUCAUUAAAUAUACCUCCAUUUUUGGGUGAAACCUCAAUUUACACCAAAUCAAGUGAUGAAAACAUCGACUAUAGCGAGAGCUAG